AAAAAGAAGAAGAGUGGACACAAACAGUCUCUCAAAUGAUUCCUCCUUGGUACGCAUCAUUUUCAUCUUCUCUCUUCUUCUACCACUGUAUUUAAACCCCUCUCUCAUCUUCUUCUUCUUCGAUUGAGAGAGAGAGAGAGAGAGAGAGACAAACACACACAACAACACACCAAAGGUUCUCAAUCAUGUCGUCGUUUCUCUCUUGCUCCACCACUGCUUUCUUUCUCAUCCUCUGUCUAGGAUUACGCCACGUGUCCUCCUCCUCCUCCAGCGAACAUGGAACUUACAUCGUUCACAUGGCUCAAUCUCAGAUGCCGUCCUCCUUCGACCUCCACUCUAACUGGUACGAUUCAUCUCUCAGAUCUAUCUCCGACUCCGCCGAGUUGCUCUACACCUACGAGAACGCCAUUCAUGGGUUCGCCACUCGUCUCACUCAAGACGAAGCCGACUCCCUCAUGGCUCAACCCGGUGUUCUCUCUGUUUUACCGGAGCACCGUUACGAGCUUCACACCACUCGUACUCCUCUCUUCCUCGGCCUCGACGAUCACAACGCAGAUCUGUUCCCUCAAACCGGCGCGUCUAGCGACGUCGUCGUUGGAGUUCUCGAUACCGGAGUCUGGCCGGAGAGCAAAAGCUACUCCGACGAAGGAUUCGGUCCGGUUCCGUCUACCUGGAAAGGCGGAUGCGAGACCGGAACCAACUUCACCGCUUCUCACUGUAACCGUAAACUAAUCGGAGCUAGAUUCUUCGCUCGCGGCUACGAAUCAACCAUGGGACCAAUCGACGAAUCUAAAGAAUCGAGAUCUCCUAGAGACGACGACGGACACGGAACCCACACGUCAUCAACCGCCGCUGGAUCCGUCGUCGAAGGAGCUAGCUUAUUAGGUUACGCUUCGGGAACAGCUCGUGGUAUGGCUCCACGCGCUCGUGUCGCCGUUUACAAAGUCUGUUGGCUCGGUGGUUGUUUCAGCUCAGAUAUUUUAGCUGCUAUCGAUAAAGCCAUCGCCGAUAACGUCAACGUUUUGUCGAUGUCACUAGGCGGUGGUACGUCUGAGUAUUAUAGAGACGGUGUUGCGAUCGGAGCUUUCGCCGCCAUGGAAAGAGGGAUUCUGGUAUCUUGCUCAGCUGGUAAUGCUGGUCCUAGUAGCUUCAGUUUAUCAAACGUUGCUCCAUGGAUUACAACUGUUGGUGCUGGUACUCUAGAUCGUGAUUUCCCGGCGCUUGCGAUUCUCGGCAACGGCAAGAACUUCACCGGAGUUUCAUUGUUUAAAGGAGAAGCUCUACCGGAUAAAUUGCUUCCGUUUAUUUACGCCGGUAAUGCUAGUAAUGCUACUAAUGGUAAUCUCUGUAUGACCGGAACUUUGAUUCCGGAGAAAGUAAAGGGGAAGAUUGUUCUGUGUGACAGAGGAGUUAAUGCUAGAGUUCAGAAAGGAGAUGUGGUUAAAGCAGCUGGUGGAGUUGGGAUGAUUCUGGCUAACACGGCGGCGAAUGGUGAAGAGCUUGUUGCUGAUGCUCAUUUGUUACCGGCAACCACCGUUGGUGAAAAAGCCGGUGAUCUACUCCGUCGCUGAUUUGAACUACCCGUCGUUCGCCGUUAACGUUGAGGAAGCUGGAGCGUACAAGUACACGCGCACUGUAACGAGCGUGGGAGGAGCGGGGACUUACUCGGUUAAAUUAACAUCCGAGACGACAGCAGUCAAGAUUUCGGUUGAACCGGCGGUUUUAAAUUUCAAGGCAGCUAACGAGAAGCAAUCGUAUACGGUGACGUUUACUGUAGACUCAUCAAAAGCGUCUGGAUCUAACAGCUUUGGGACUAUUGAAUGGUCAGAUGGCAAACACGUGGUUGGAAGCCCCGUGGCGAUUAGCUGGACAUAGUCGUAAACUUUUUAAUUAUGAGAACAAAAAAAUGGAAAGGGCUCUUAUUGUAAUGCCGUUUUAUAUAAGAAGCUCUGUUUAGCAACAAAAAAAAACGGCAUGCAGUCUAUUAAGGCUUGUUUAGUUUGUUUUUGUGGA